AUGGAAAGUGCAACGGGAUUGACUGAUGGUAUGCUUAUAAAGUUAAAGGAAAGUCUAGAUCUACACUUUAAAGCCCCGCAGGAUGCCGAGGUCAGUAACCUUGAAUCAAAUAUACCUGCAAAAUGGGAAGAAAGUGGCUCUAUUUUUUCCAAAAUGUUGAAACAUCUGGAAGAUAGGGUUCAAGAACAAUCACAGGUAAUAAAACACCUUAUCUCACAGGAAAAUACAAAAAGUGAGGUUAAGAAGGCAUUGCAGUCUUCUUCCACAUCCAAUGUUCAAAAAAUUCGAGAGAAAGCGAAGAGUAGUUCAAAUGCACCAAGUACAUCCGGCAACACUGCAAAAAUCGGAAAGGAUACAGAAGAAGAAGAGCUCAUAAAUGUCAAGAAUGUCAAUGUCAAAAAUAAAAACGACUCUAAAGAUAAACAAAAAGUUACAAAUAUCAUAAAAGGUUCUGCUAAAAGUGAAGAAGAGGACGAAUUCCAAGCAGCAGCAAAAAGGGCUUGGCUCUAUAUUGGCCGUGCACAGCCUAAUACAAAUGAAGAAAAACUGAAAAAUUAUCUAAAGAAAAGGUUUCCUUUGGAUACGUUUGAAGUUGAAGAGUUAAAAAAACAUGAAAGCAACACGAGUAAAAACAAAUCUUUUAAAAUAAGUUUUGAUUUUAACCUGUUGGAAGCGGUCAUGAAACCUGAAGUUUGGCCACAAAAUCUUCUUGUUAGAAAAUAUACCUUUCGAAGGCUGGGAAGGGAAUCUGAACUGUAA